AUGAUCAGCGAAGAGGAACAGUCGCAUCGGGCUGAUGAGGACUACGCAACGGCCAGAAGACACGAUUACGGACCGGCAGUGCACACCUGGGUGCGUCUCCUUGCACGAGAAGAUGGAGCAUCAGCGAAAAAGGAGGCCCAAAAGCUGCCGAAAAUUAAACUGAAACGCUAA